CCAUGGCCGACGACAAGGUGCAGACGGCGGUGCCCGAGGUGGAGGACGACGAGGACCACCCCAACUACAAGCCUCCCGCUGCCAAGAGCCUCAAGGACAUUGUGGAGGCCGACAAGGAGGACCCCUCGCUCCAGAAGUACAAGGAGACACUGCUAGGGGCCGCCACCGCAGAGGCCAUCGUUGUCGAACCGGACAACCCCAACCGCGUUCUCGUGAAGAAGUUGGUGCUGGUCGUCGAAGGGCGGCCAGACAUCGUGCUCGAUCUCACAGAGGACUUUGAUCAGAUCAAGAAGCGCACGUUCACCGUCAAGGAGGGCAUCCAGUACCGGAUCCGGAUCGAGUUCUUUGUGCAGCGCGAGAUCGUCACGGGGCUCAAGUACGUCCAGAAGAUCUACAGGCACGGACUCCAAGUGGAGAAGAUGAACCAGAUGGUGGGCUCGUACGCGCCCAAGAAGGAGAUCCAAUCCUUCACGACACCGCAGGAGGACAUGCCGGCCGGCAUGCUCGCGCGUGGCUCGUACACGGUCAAGUCGCUCUUCACCGACGACGACAAGCACGAACACCUCAAGUGGGAGUGGACCUUCGAGAUCAAGAAGGACUGGGACGACUAAAGACGUCACACCUCUCGGCAUCGGACAGUAAUGACUCGGAAACCGCGCCUCCAGCGGUUUCGCGCGUGCGACCCUUCUCCGCGGCCAGUAGCAACGCACCGCUUGCGGCUCGAAAACAAUGCGCGAGUAUUGGCGGCGGACGACGUAACAGUGCGAGAAAUUUGUAUUUCCGCGGUGCCUAUUCACCACUCGAGUGGAUGAGCUGGAAAUGUCCGCGGCGUCGGUUCCUUCAGGCGAUUGCUGGCCGGGCCACCCUGCUUAACUGCCAUCCAAACUUGCAUAACUUGCGUGCUCAGAGAAAUACCUUAUUUCCUCGUGAAUAAUCCGCACAAGAAUUUACAAAAAGACUUGAAGCUGAAGUCGGGACGAAAAACGCCAAUUCUGCUCUGCAAAGGUGGCUUCAUGGCUAUGCAAGGAGGCUAGCUUCGUGGCAAUAUGCGGGGAUCGUUUUUAUAAAAUUUUCUCCGAACUGUUGUUUAGGGUGCGGGUUAUAUACGAGAAAAUACAGUAACUGUUCAACAGAAAGGUCUAUCUAGGAUGCUCCUCUUCAAUGUAUCCUAGCAAGCGGAGUGUCGACUCUCGCAUUUAGCAGUCAUUGAAUUUCAUCAGCAACAUAUUGUAGAUUCUGCGAGUGCGUUGUUGUUAAACUCUAGCUUGCCACAGUUUACACGCAGAAUAAGUUCUACAAGCAGUAGUAUCAUUCCACUUUCUAGAGCUGAGAUUGAGGGUAAACCUGAAUUUAAAAACAAAAGCAAAAUUUCUCGCAUUGUUAGGCUCUGCUGCGUAGUGUUGUUGCUGUCUUUUGUGUGAGCGGCAUUCAUAAAGUUCGUAUUGUCACUAAGGAAGAGAGACAAAGAAAUGAAAUCUGAGUGGAAGAUUAUACUACGCUAAAACAAGACAAACUGGCACUCACUUUGAUGCCUGUUGUGUACGCCCUUUUGUAAAUCUAUCGCACUGAUAAUACUAACUUUGUGAAUGCCCCUCGUAGAGUACUUGAACUGCUGGUGGCUGUGGAGAGGGCUAGGAAAGCUGUUGCACAGAGACCCGCAAGAGUUCCUGUGUCCUGUGCUUUCUGUCGUUUGCCAGUCGCACGCUGGUUGCUGGAACCAGCACCAAAAGAACUCGGUGUUUUCACUACCCCCCUUCCUCGAUUACUGAAAUCGCAGUCGAUAGUAUCAUGUCCGUGAAAACCUUCCGCGGCAUAAGUGAGAAGUUGAAUUGCGAUUAGUGACGUCUGAGCGUUCCGGUGUUUGUUGAUUCCGGGGUUGGCGAGUUUUCACACAGCGAUAAUAGCGGCCGAAGCGGGCUGUGUUCGUUACGCAGUUCGGCAGGUGACUUUCGCGGAGACCACGGCAAACUACUUAAGCGCAUGUCUUUAAAAAGUUGUGCAUUAAUGUCACGUGCGGAUGAGAGAUGCCGUGUGCGGUUUUGUUCGUUGCUCGUUGACGGCACGCGCGCUUUUUUCCUGUUUGCCCGUGAGAUUGUAGCAGUUGCAGCUGCUUCGUUUGCUCACCGUAACAAACUUUUUUUUUUUUUUUUGAAAACGGCAAGCAGUAUCGGGUUGCGGUGCGUGGCCACUGGCCACAGGAUGUUCUCCUGGUUCCGCAAGAGUCGAAAUUGCUAAAGUGGACAGUUUCUUGUUUUUUUUUUUCUUGGCCUCUCUUGCUGUACAUAACGAGGUGUUCGUUUUCUUACAUGCUUAUAUUUUUAUUUCGUUGUUUUCUGCCGUCUGUAGUCUCGUGUUCCUAGCUGGCACGUUUGGCCAGUGCGAUCCUGCUCGAUGACUGCGACAUCUUCGCUUACUGACGUUUUGUUCCGAGUGUAACGAUUUGCUCAGUUAUCUUUUUUUAUUUUACUGGAACAUUUUGCGCUUUAUUGUUCCCCUCGAACUCUUUCACCGUUUCGCGUUACUUAAGCUAAAUGUGCGAUGUGUCAGCCAUACGGAGGCGAACAUCGUUGGAUGCCGCCCUAUCGGACGGGCGGCGGGUCGUUCGGAGCAUUUUUGCGAUAUGUGAGAACAGCUUUUGAUGCCAGACGAGAAACACAGAUCAUAUGAGUAUUUUGAUAGCCUAUCGCGUGCGCUGGAAAAAAAAAAAAAAAAAAACCUGGGAUGCCGGUUAGCUCCCGUUAACUAUUAAGGACAGCGUUUAGUAAAAACUUCGAUGUAGCCACGCUCAACUUUUGUAAGGAGGAUAUUAGUCUAGUGACAAUGCUGCAAGUGCACUAUGCAAAGUCGGAGCUGUGUUCUCAGCCAGUCGCUUUUGAUGGCACAAAAGCGCGUGGCGCAUGGUUAUCAAGUGCUUGGGCGCAGUGACCGUCAUACGCUUGAAGGAUGCGCCGACGUCUACAUGAAGUUUAGGUGAUAGGGUAUCCUUGAAAGUAGUCGGGCCCGAAAACGCUGCUCUGGUGCAAUGUUCGAGAAAAAUUUUCUUAACUUCCCUCUGGGCGUCUUCCUAGAUUAUCGACGUGUAUUAAGCGGAACGCACACACAAUUUGCUUUGCUAUUACGAGGCUCACGACGUAUUUGUUACUUUUUUCUUCAGUGAUAACACGAAACAGAGUUUAUGUAAGCGGAGCAAUUUUUUUGUUUAACUGCCACUGAAAGUUGCCAAAUCGGUAUUGGCUGUCCAGCGCAUUUUGGACGGUUUGAGGACAAAAUGCCGGCUUAAUACUUUUCCUCCUUGCGAUGCAGAUUGUACGUGCAUCCUGCACAUCUCACAGCUACUGAUUGUUCACGGCAAUUUUCCUUUGCCAUUUGUGGUUAUGUACAGUUGUGUGCAGCGCCUCACUUAAGAUUCGUUUGCCUAAGAUGCGCAGUGCACGCUUGUUCCCUCUGCAUAUGAUGACACUGCACCACUUUGCAGGUUUUGUAAUGUGACGCGUUCGCACCAUUGCAACGAAGAAAAAAAAAACUCGUUUCGUGAGCGUCGAAUCAAACGUUGUCGUGCCCAAAUUUUUAAGUUGUCCGUUCCUCGCACGUGCCUUCGGUGUUUCCAUCACACGACGUGCCUGCACUUUUGACCGCGUUUCGAUUGCACUGAUAGUUGUGCGCACCGUUUUUACUAAGCCUGUUCGAAGCAGUAUUUCUCUGAGCACCGUUGUUGACACGAUGAUGUAGCGAGUGUAGUUCAAUUGUGCUUUUUUUUUUCUGCGGGAAGACCCUUGGUAUUUUGCACAGAAGCUGAGAACAAUUCGUACAUUUGUCGUUAUGCUGGCACCGACGCCAUCCACUGCAAUAAAGCGUGUGCAACAAAUUGAA